CGACUUGGUGACUUAUAGAUAGGUACUUAUCCGUGUGACUGGGAUGCAACUCAAGCUUCGCCAAGUCAAUCGUUAUUCUGUUUGACGCAGUCUUUCUACGACGGAAAACACAACCAUGGAGGACCAAAAAACCCCCCCCAUUGCGUUGCGACGGAGCUCCAGACGGAGCAAUGGUGGCGCCGCCCUUCUAUCAGACUCGCUCGCAUGCGAGCAAGAACUUUCAAUAACUGUCGCAAAGACACCAAAAUCGAGAUCGAAAAAGAGAGUGCGCUUCUCCGACCCAGGUCCAGAAGUCGAGCAUCAUGACCCCCUAACACCAUCAUCAACCACCGGCUUGACUCCCAUGGUCCGCCGAUCCUCCGUCAAAGCGACCCCUUCCCCGAAGCGCAGAAGAUACUCGACGCCCGUUGAGUCGCAAGCCCACCACUACUCCGAAGACGAACUUGCUGGCAACGGCCAACAUAACACCCAAAGGAGCAGCAACGAAGUCCGCAUAUUCUCCCUACGCCAAAUUCUCGACGAUCGCGUCAAGCGGCGCAUCAGGCGCAAUGGCUUGAGUGAGGAGAUGAACACCAUUGCGCAGGACAAGCGGCGCAGGGCACAAGACCACAAGGCAGAGCUACAGCGCCUGCGGGCCGAGCUAGCUAAGAAGGACGACGAGAUCGAGAGGCUGCACGAGUCAACCAUGGCGCAGGACACGGAGCGGAUCCGGGAUUUAGAGAGGCAGGUUGAGAGGCUGCAGAGGGGGCUGAGUAACAGUUCUCCCACUGGUGAUGAUGCGGCUGUGGCGGCAGCGGACCAAACGCAGUACUUUGACUGGACCAUGGCAGCUAGGGAUCCCUUCUCGGACAGUUACAUGGACGAUGAUGAAGGCUUUGGGGAUGUCACCAUGGCCGAGUUCGCCGGUUGCAGCACGCCUUCUCGGCGAGCAAGGCGAUCAUUUCCCACGCCGCCGUUGACCAGUCCACCGCUCCCUGGGACGCCGAGUUCUCAACAUCGCAGUCGCAAGUCGCCACAAACACCAACUUCGGUACCAUCAUCUUCUUCACAUAUCGGCGUGCAAGCAAGCCUCACAGACCCAGAGAAGGAGGCAUUAGAAGCAGAGCUGGGAUCACUCCGAUUGGAGCUAACCAAGCUCACCGACACGCUUGAAAACCAUGAGAAUCUCAAAUCCCGCAUCGCCGCCAAACUAUCCGCCGCCAACACACCAGCAGACUCCGAGGAAACUCCCGACGUAGAAACUCACCUCGACCUCGUGCUCCGCAAUCUCUCCGACCGGACCGCCGCCCUCCUGCACCUCAAUUCCUCCCUCAGCACCCUCGGCUUCCGGGGAACCGACGCCAGCGAAAUCAUCUCCUCGCUCUCCUCGUCCUUCCGCUCUGCGAGGCUCGAACUCGAGUAUCUCACCCCAGGCGAAAUCGCCCUGCCCCUUUCCUCCCACGGUGCUGAGGUGCUGGAUCUCGUUUUGACCCGGCUGCGCGAUCUCGCGAAGAAGACCAAAGAGGACGAGAGCUCUAUCGACGAGUACCACGCCCUGGAGCUGUCGUUGCGGCAGCAGCUCGGGGCGAGGGUCGAGGCUAUGGAUGGGAUGGGCCGGGAGUUGAAGGAAAAUGCCGUUCAGCUUAAGGAGAAGGACGCAAAGAUUGAGGAAUUGGAAGUCGGCAUCGAGCGCCUCAAGGGCGCGGUAGAGGGGUAUCAACGGGAUAUCGCCGAACUCGAAGGGUGGGUGCAGCGGGUAGACGACGAGACAGGGCAGACGGUCGCGCAACUAGAAGCCGAGAUCGCCGAGGGGAGGCAGCAGGUGAGCACGAGGGAUGACUCCAUCACCGAGUUAGAAAGCAGACUCUCCUCCGUCCUGACCCAAAUGGCAGAACUGCGGAUCCAGCUCGCGGAUCUGCAGGCGCGGAAGACGGUCGAAGUGACCACGUUGAACAAAGCGCACGGCAACGCGCUGGCGCUGCGCGAUGCGAGGGUCUUGGAGUUGAGGGGGGAGAUUGAUGGGAUCAAUGCUUCGUUGCGAAUGGCGCAUGAAACGAUUCGGCUGUUAAGGGUUGAGAAUGGGAAGUUGGAGGAGGAAAGGGAGAAGGCGAAGAGUGCGGUUGAUGCUGUGAAGGCGGAGCUCGAGAGGGUGGUGAGGAUGAGUGAGGGGAUUUUGGGGGCGUCGCCGACGAAGGGACCGGUAACAAAGCGGCGGAGUGGGAGUGGGAGUGUCGAGGGCACGCCGCAGUCGGGAACCUAUAUGGCGGGUGCUUUGGCGAGAACAGGAACGGGGAAAAAGAAGCGUAGGUAUGAUAGUGGUUUGGGGUUCUUGGAUGAGGAGGAGGUGGAUAUCUAGAUUUGCUUGAUGGGUUGCGAGCAGAUAUUACUUUCCUUGUCCUAUGGGGUUGUAUUUGGCACAUGUAGCAUGUAAGGAUAGCGACAUAUCAAUGUUUCCAAGUGAAGG